GAGUAACAAAGGCUGUUGAACUGCUUAGUUUUUGAUAUCUGUCAGUAAUAUGAAGGUUACAGACAGUAAUGUGCUGCGGUUUCACCUCCAAGUUAUUUAUGGGAUAAGUGUGAAGAGCUUUGAGAAGAAAAAGGACAGACUGUUUGUCGGUGGAGCAAAGCUCUUUGGUGUUCCUCUGGAGAAUUUAUCCAGGCGAUACAUUCCUGAGUUUGGCCUGGUGCCCUGCUUCUUGGUGGAUGCUUGUUCAUUUCUGCUGGAGCGUGUUGCGACUGUAGGCCUGUUCAGAAAACCAGGCUCUCUUCCUCGCAUCAAGACCCUCAGGGCCAAGCUGAAUAGAGGAGAGGGGUGUCUGACCACAGCCCUCCCCUACGAUGUGGCGACUCUCAUCAAACAGUUUUGCAGAGAGCUGCCGGAGCCUCUGCUCCCCUCCGAGCUCCACGCAGCUCUGCUCAAAGCCCAGGCGCUGUCCAGCAUGCAGGACAGGACUUCAGCUCUCCAGCUGCUGUCCUGUUUGCUACCUGCCAGGAACUCCUCCUGUCUGCACUACCUGUUUGACUUCCUCUCCAAAGUCUCCCAGAGAUGCUCAGAAAACUUGAUGACCAGCUCCAACCUCGCCACAGUCUUCGCUCCGUGUCUUUUACCGCCUCCCAACAAGGCAGAGAUGUCUGAAGGGCGACUUGAACUCAGAGUUCUCGUCCUACAUACCUUCAUUGAAAAUCCUCACUUAUUUGGUGUGAUUCCUAAACCUGUGAUGGACAGUAUGGAGUUCCUGAUGAACUUCAAUCCUCUGAAAGACGCAAAGAGAGGACACAGAAAAAGACACAGUUUUAAAGUAAUUCGGUCUGUGAAGACGGUGCCUUGGAUUCAAGCAAAGUCAAAAGUCAGGCCUGCAGCCCCUGAGCAGAGCCAAGAGCCCACCUCAGGAGACAAACCCUCGCUCAGGAGAAGCCUCGGCCUGGAGACUUUCCCUAACGUCCUGCUGUUCAGGAGCUGUGUGCCAUGUGCAGAGCAAGGUUUCAGUCCUGCAGCCACUUUGUCGGACGGUCCCACCAAAGAGACAUGCAAGACGCCACAAGAGCGACUCAAAAGAGAUCUGCGUUUGGGUCAUUUCCCAAGGUUCACCAGAGGACAAGAUGCCGACAGCUCUCCUGUGCUCACCGGUGUGGAGAAACUGCAGCUGACACCCUGGAGAAGAGGCACUUCACUAUAACGUCCCACGUUGCUGAAGCAUGUUAGAUGAUGAUGUAGUGCCUAACAGCAGAUCACUUAACUUACAUUUUAAUAUUCUACAUUUUAGUUAAUUUAUGUAUUUCACUAUUUAUUUCACAACAGACUGUUGUAUGGAUGAACUUUCAUCAUUUUUUUAAUAUCCUGUGAAUAAAAGUUUUUUUCUAUU